AUGGAGUCACUCAGGAAUACUUUACAGGGCAAAAGUCAGCUCAUCAGCGAGGAGGAGACACAACAUCAAAAAUGCGAGAUGAUGCGGGAGAGCUCUCAGAAAAACUGCUCGCGAGUGAUGUUUUUGAUGGACACCAUGGAGAAGAUGGGAUGUACCAUUAGAAAAGGCUUUUUUUCCAGUAUUAGCUGCGAUAAAAAUAUAAAUGGAGGGUUCCACGUGGAUGACGAGGGCAAACCAGGCGUUGUGCUCUGCCAAAAUCAUAUACCUGACCAAGAGUGGAUGGAUCGCACUAUGGCACACGAGCUCAUUCAUGCUUUCGACCAUUGUCGCAACAAAAUUGACUGGAAUAAAUGUGAGCAUCACGCAUGCAGUGAGAUUCGCGCAGCAGCGCUUAGUGGCGACUGCAAUUGGAAAUAUGAGUUCUUCCGCAAAAACUUUAACGUCAGCAAACAGCAUCAGCUAUGUGUUCGGCGAAGGGCUGCACUUUCGAUCGAGCAAAAUGAGGCGUGCACAGGCACGGCAAACGAAUGCAUCGACAAAGUGUUUGACUCAUGCUACCGUGAUUGGUCACCAUUUCGCGAAAUCCCCUAG